AUGGGUUGUAUAGGGUCAAAGGUUGAUCCCCAGGAGAAAGACGCCGCACAACAAAAUGCACGUAUUGAACGGCAGCUGCGACAGGACAGAAAACAACAAUCUAAAACUGUCAAGAUUCUCCUUCUUGGUGCUGGUGAAUCUGGUAAAUCUACUAUUAUCAAACAAAUGCGAAUCAUUCACUCGAGUGGAUUCCAGGAUGAUGAACGAAUCCAAGUCAAGGCAGUCAUUUACUCCAACCUGAUCGUCGCCUUCCGAGUCCUCAACGAGAUCAUGCAAGACGAGAAGAUUGAAUUUGCCAGUGAUGAGAAUGAGACAUACAGCGAACUUCUGGAUGGCAUCGAUGCUGACGUUGAUGCACAUGAGGCAUUCCGGGACAAGAACGUGAAAGACGCCAUGAUAGCGCUAUGGAAGGACACCGGAGUUCAAAAAGCCGUUUCCAAAGGUCACGAAUUUGCGCUCCAUGACAACCUGAAUUACUACUUCCAGAGUAUUGAUCGCAUGUUCGAAUCUGAUUGGAUUCCCAGCGAUCAAGACGUGCUUCAUGCUCGUCUUCGAACUACGGGCAUCACCGAAACCGUCUUCGACCUUCGCGAGCUGACUUUCCGCAUGAUGGACGUCGGUGGUCAAAGAUCGGAGCGCAAGAAAUGGAUACACUGUUUCGAGGGCGUGCAAUGCCUUUUGUUCAUGGCCGCUUUAUCUGGUUACGACCAAUGCCUCGUUGAAGAUGUCAACGCCAACCAAAUGCAUGAAGCUCUCAUGCUUUUUGAAUCGCUGGUUAAUGGAGAAUGGUUCAAAGACAAGCCGAUUAUCUUGUUCUUGAACAAAAUCGAUCUUUUCAGAGAGAAGCUCCCCAUUUCUCCGCUUUCAGCACAGUUCCCAGAUUAUCAAGGCAAAGACGGUGAUGAAGAGGCGGCCAAACAAUUCUUUGCGAAUCGCUUCCGCGCCAUCAACCGGAAUAGCGACCGAGAAAUUUACAUCCACUUCACCAAUGCGACAGAUACCAAUCUGUUGAAAGCCACCAUGGAAGAUGUGCAAGACAUCUUGAUCCAAAAGAACCUUCAAAGACUUGUUUUGUAA